AUGGCUUCGAAUGAAGGGCGAAGUGCUCAGUCGAACUUGCAUCAGCAAGACCUAACCAAAUUGGAUGUUACGAAACUGUCAGCGUUAUCACCUGAAGUGAUAUCAAGACAGGCGACAAUAAACAUUGGUACUAUUGGCCAUGUAGCUCAUGGUAAAUCAACCGUGGUGAAGGCUAUCUCUGGAGUCCAGACUGUCAGAUUCAAGAAUGAAUUAGAGAGGAAUAUUACCAUCAAGUUAGGUUACGCUAACGCAAAAAUCUACAAAUGUGACAAUCCAAAAUGUCCGAGGCCUACAAGCUUCAUAUCGGGUGGUUCGUCAAAGGACGACAGUUUCCCGUGUCUACGGCCCGCCUGCACCGGCCGCUUCCAGCUGGUGCGUCACGUGAGCUUCGUCGACUGCCCCGGGCACGACAUUCUUAUGGCCACCAUGCUUAACGGUGCUGCGGUCAUGGACGCCGCAUUAUUACUCAUCGCAGGUAAUGAGUCUUGCCCCCAACCACAGACCAGUGAACAUUUGGCUGCCAUCGAAAUUAUGAAAUUAAAACACAUACUCAUACUGCAAAAUAAGAUUGACUUGGUCAAGGAAGGCCAAGCUAAGGAGCAACAUGAACAAAUCGUAAAAUUCGUGCAGGGCACAGUUGCUGAAGGAGCACCCAUCAUACCCAUCUCUGCUCAGUUGAAGUAUAAUAUUGAGGUGCUAUGUGAAUAUAUCACAAAAAAGAUCCCAGUCCCACUGAGAGACUUCACCUCCCCCCCUCGAAUGAUUGUCAUCCGUUCUUUCGACGUGAACAAGCCUGGUUGCGAGGUCGAUGACCUUAGAGGCGGUGUCGCUGGUGGUUCAAUCCUACAAGGAGUACUUACAGUUGGUAUGGAGAUCGAGGUUCGGCCUGGACUAGUGAGCAAGGACGCUGACGGCAAAUUGACAUGCCGCCCCAUCUUCUCCCGCAUCGUGUCACUAUUCGCUGAACAGAAUGAACUGCAAUAUGCCGUGCCCGGAGGACUUAUCGGAGUAGGCACUAAGAUCGAACCCACGCUUUGCCGUGCUGAUCGACUUGUGGGACAGGUACUUGGCGCCGUCGGUGCACUGCCAGGCAUCUUCGUGAAGCUUGAAGUUUCGUAUUACUUAUUGAAACGUCUACUUGGAGUGCGCACUGAGGGAGACAAGAAAGCAGCUAAAGUACAGAAGCUGACUAAAAAUGAAGUAUUGUUGGUGAACAUUGGAUCUUUGAGUACAGGUGGAAGAGUAAUCGCCACUAAAGCCGAUUUAGCCAAGAUCGCCUUGACCAAUCCAGUCUGCACGGAAAUCGGAGAGAAAGUAGCGCUCAGCAGGAGAGUCGAAAAUCAUUGGAGGUUGAUUGGCUGGGGUCAAAUUCAAGGUGGAGAGACAAUCGAGCCAGCAAAGAAUUAA